CAGCGGCGGCGGCGGCGGCGGCAGGCGGGCCAGCAAGCAGGCGGGCGGGGCAGCCAUGGCUUUCUGCAGGUUCUUCGGCGGGGAGGACUAUCAGGGCCACUUCGAGGCCGGUAUAUACAUUUGUUCCAAAUGCGGCUAUGAAUUAUUCUCCAGCCAGUCCAAAUUCCUUCAUUCAUCCCCUUGGCCAGCUUUUACCCAUCCUAUUCACAGCGACAGCAUCUCCAAGUACUUAGAACGCCCAGGAGCUUUCAAGGUCUCAUGUGGCAAGUGUGGGAAUGGCCUGGGCCAUGAAUUCCUCGACGAUGGCCCCCAAAAGGGCCAGUCUCGUUUCUGAAUAUUUAGCAGUUCUCUCACAUUUGUUCCUAAAGCUCAAUCUGGGAAGAACAUGGACAAAUAAUCAGGCUGACAGUAUUUUGGCCAACUCCACUCGUGAGCCUUUGGUGUUGGAUGGGAAGCCUCCAUUGCAAUGUGAUCUUGAACUGAAUGAAACCAACUCGCUGGACUUCUCCUCUUCCACCAUUCAGUUCUCCAAGUGCUGGAAAGCCACACCCCAGAAUUCCCCCAGGAGUUCCAUAUGCCAGAAUAUUUUGUCCCAAUUCAGAUGUGAACUGAACUUGCUCAGGUUAUUUUGCUUAAACUAGCAGGCCAGGGACCUCUGUCUUAAUAGAAUCAGGCAGUGGCGUUUUUCAGCAGCUUUUUUCAGGUGUUUCUGGCUUCCCCCCUCCCCACUGUUUGUUUCCACUGCUUAUGUUAUGCCAAAGAGAGGAGAGUUAGUACCAAUUGAAGCCCUCUUUCUUCACUGGGUCCUGAGUGAACAGCCUCGUAGCCUUUGCACCCAUAUGGAAUCAAAGAGAUGGGGUGGGCCUUUAUAGAUUACUUCUAAAACCCGCAAGAAAUGUGGCAGGAAGCAAUGGUGCCUCUGGAGGAUUUUUUUUUGAAAUGUUUAAAAUGUGUGUUGGGGGUUUUGGUGGAGCUCAAGACCCCUGUGUUGCACCAGAUCCCACCAGUCAUCUCCCUCUAAGCACAUUCCUCCAUCAGGACUCUGCUCUAGCAGUUCCUGGAGGUUAAGCAAGGCAAUAAUUUUAAUGGUCUGCUCCUGGCCAGAAGGUGCCGCCAUUGCUGUUAUAAGAUUUACAGAUGGGCUGUAUUUAGGUUCUCCAGAAGGCCCCUUCUUCUUCCCUUCAGCAGACAGUCUGCAUUCCUGGGUCCCUUGUCCAUGACACUGUGGAACACCCUAAAAUACUGCUACUCCAAAAUCUUUCCUCGGGUCCCUCCAUGCGUUCUCAAAAAUGUACUUGCCUUUUCCUCCUCUCUCAAUGUGAGCAAAACUUUCUGGCAUCUGAAACCAUCCUUCUGUCAAGUGGCUCCCUUUCUACUCCCUGGCAUAACAUUAGCAUCUGGUGGAUGCCACAAGCAUCAUGAUAACAUCACACAGUGGAUGUGAAUUAUGUAAUAUCUGCUGCACAUUAUUUCAGAGUUUCCAUAAUGUUGCUAUGAUGCUUAUGAUGUCACUUGGCGUCCCAUAUGUCUAUGUAUCUUGGGGGGCAUUUUCUGGUAUAGCAUCAUGGUAUGAAUUGCCCCAUGUAAACCCAUUCUGGAAAGCAGGGGUGAGGAACAUCUAUAUGAGCUUCCCAGAAAAUGCUCCCAGGGAUAUUCUUUUUUGUACAUGAUACAGAGUUUUUGCAUAUGAUACAGAGCAAGUAUACAGCACCUUUAGAUCCACAGAACUCUCAGGAAAAGAAAAUGAGCAACCCUGCUGGCAUUGUUUGCAUACAACAGAAAUGAACUUACGUUUUUAAACUGUUAAUUGAGAAACA